GCAGGCCGCCUCCUGUCACAGGCAGACUCGGACCCGAACUAGAGAGGCUGUGCAGUCCUAGAAUGGAAGCAGGCUGCGGGAUAACCCGUCCACAACCGCAACGACUACAUCCACCCGCACGAGAGAGAUGCUGUUAUCUGACGCUUGGAACCGGAACCACGACUCCAGCUUGAAUCAUGUCAGCCCCCCUCCGCGUGGAAGUAAACGACGAACACUGCCAACCAUGCCGGCGGCUGUUGGCCGGCAUCGUCAACUACCCGCCCGCCUCGGACGAUCGAGAUUGGGAACCGCAGCUGCUGGGCGAGGAGACGGUGCGAUGUUUCAAGAGCCACCAUCCCUCGUUCCGCGCCCUCGUGGCCUCGGCCAAAAAGUCCUGCGUCGUCUGCGGGGCCACCGUGGCGGCCAUCCACGCCAGGAACUUUAUGACCUUCGCCGAACAGCUCCGCCACUUCUCGGGCGAGGAUCUCACGUAUCGGUUCUGGUUCCGGAAAAGGGAUGCGUACCAGAAUCACUGUCUGAUUGCAUUUGGGUUCGGUGCCAUGUCGCAGUACAGCGCCAGCAUCCAACUACCGGGCGGGGGCACGCGACGUGCCCUCGAGAUGGAGCUGUACCGCAGGAACGGCGCCGACAGGCACUGGAGCGCUGUUGAAACAGACAGCCUUUUCGAGACAUCGAUAUGGCCCGUCCUUGCUUCGCGGCCAAAUGUGGACUCUGGCUCCGAGGAAGCGGUGCAGAGGUCGAUACGAUGGUUGACGCAGUGCCUCCAAGACCACACCGCCUGCGCCCGACCGCCGGGUAAGCUGCCGAAGCGCGUCCUAGAUCUUUCGGUUUCGGGAGAACCCGACGUCGUCCGCCUCUACGAAACCCGCGGCGAGGUGGAGCCGUUUGUGGCCUUGAGCUAUUGCUGGGGUCUCGCGGGCGCGCUGACAACCGUUGGCUCCAACAUCGAGAGGCACCGUUCGGGCAUCCCGAUCUCAGACUUCCCGCGCACGCUCCGGGAGGCGAUCCUCUUCACGAGGAAUCUCGGAUUUCGCUACCUGUGGAUCGAUGCGCUGUGCAUCAUCCAGGACGACGCGGACGACUGGGCCGAGCAGGCCGCAAGCAUGAUGGACGUGUACGGGACCUCGACGCUCACGCUAUCGGCCACCAGCUCCUACGACUGCGACCACGGACUCUUCGCGCGGAUGAGCGAAGACGGCGCGCCGGUAGGCCGCUAUCACCACCCCGGAAGCGACGCCGGGCAUGGGACCAUCUUCCUGGAUUUCCAGGGCCCGGCGGCCCCCUUUGACCUGGACAAGGAGUUUCUCUCCACUCGCGGCUGGACGUUCCAGGAGCGGCUCGUCUCCCCUCGUACGCUCCACUUCACCGACGCGGGCAUCGUCUGGGAAUGCUCGGAGGCGAGCAUCGAGGAGGGCAUCGCGACACUCUGGGGGAAGCGGGGUCUCAAGAUGGGCUUCGCGAAUCUAAUCCGCCGCCGCGACGACCUGCUAUUAGACACCGCCUCCAAAGCCAGAGACGAACGAGCCGCCCUCCAGCAAGAGUGGAACGGCUGGAUCAGCGACUUCUCGAACCGGAAGCUGACCAAGGUCAGCGACAAGCUGCCCGCCGUGGCCGGCAUCGCGAGGACCUUUGCCGCGCGGUUUGGUGACAGGUACAUCGCCGGCCUGUGGGCGAGCCGGUUUCUCGCAGGUCUCGUCUGGAUGCGCGGCAGCAAAGCGCUGUCGCUUGUCCGGCACGGGGACUCGGGGGUGCCGUCGUGGAGCUGGGCCUCGGUGUCCGGCCGGCUGCGUUUGUGGGAUCUUGAGCCGGAACCACCAAAGGCGGGGAUCGACAUGGUGAUUCAUGACGUUCAUGUCGUAGAGAAACGGCCGGGGAGCUAUGGUGAAAUCGAUCCUGGCGGUUGUAUCAGGGCAGAGGGGAUGCUGCAGCUGGUGGAGCUUGAUCGGAGAUCUGAGAUGAGGAAUCCGAACGGGCCGUUUUAUCCAUGCCGCAUCACCGACGGCCUGGUGCCGGGUGUUGAUAUCGAAUGCUGGAUGGACGAGAUGGAGCAUGAGAAUCCCGAGGAGCCGUACGAGUGCUGGUGCCUCAGGCUGUGCUCGUAUAAUGAUGGCGGCUAUGGCAGGAAAAUUGCCUUUCUGUUCCUAGAGGAGUUGCCUGAGGGGGGGGACCGGUUUCGGCGUAUUGGUGCUGGGGUGACUGAGGUUUUUGAUGAUGCGGAUAGUGUAGAUCCCGACUGGGAUAGGGUGUUUGCUUCGGGGAAGUGGACCAGGUUCCAGCUUUUCUGACGGUUACUACUCAAUAGCAGCGAUAGCGUAGAUGACAGCAGGGUGUAAAGAACUACCGCGUAGAGAAUCGGAAGCUACCUAAGUAGUUCUAUCUUAUCAGCUUAUCUAGCUAGGUAAUCGACAAACUUAUC